GGGAGGUGACUUGAUGUCAUCCUGAGCAGCUGGGCGGCGGGUGCCGGUGCGCAGCGAGCCGGGGCUCCCGCUGCGCUGCACCGCGCUGAUCUGAGUCCCGAGAUAUCUGCCGAGGGUCGCGUGCUGCCGGGGCCCAGCCCAGAGCCCACCGAGUGCCCGACCCCUUUUGGGGCUGAGCUGGGGGCAUGCUCCAGCACCCCCAGAGUCUGGGAGAGAACCCAGGAGCGCCGCCGCCCAGCCCCAGCGCCCCGAGCGGCGGAACCACCACUAAGGACCCUUGAACCGUCGUCCCCUCCACCGAGGCAACCUCCAGGGUCGGCGUCCAAAGUCUGGAUUUCUGAGAAAAGAGCCAGCGUGGGAACCCUGACUGGAACUCUUCUGGACCCCCAGGAAAGACCUGAGCCAUUGCCUUUCUACCUUACCUGCCCCCCCAGGACUGGGCAGUUGCCAGAGGCCCUGGGGGGGGGUCAGGACUGUGGUCGUGCCUCCCCUGCCCCCCCCAACACGCUGGACAGGAUGGGUCCCAGUUAGUGUGUGUGGCCUCAUUCAGCUUACUCCAGACCCACAAGGAGCCCCCUGGGCUCUGAAAGAUUGACGUGUUGUCCACUGGCCAUGGAGACGAAGCUGCCCCCUGCGAGCACCCCCACAAGCCCCUCCUCCCCAGGGCUGUCUCCAGUGCCACCACCAGACAAGGUGGAUGGCUUCUCCCGCAGGUCCCUGCGCAGGGCCCGUCCCCGUCGCUCACACAGCUCUUCUCAGUUCCGCUAUCAGAGCAACCAGCAAGAGCUCACUCCACUGCCCCUGCUCAAAGAUGUGCCGGCCUCUGAGUUGCAUGAGUUGCUGAGCCGGAAACUGGCCCAAUGUGGGGUGAUGUUUGACUUCUUGGACUGUGUGGCUGACCUCAAGGGGAAGGAGGUGAAGCGUGCAGCCCUCAAUGAACUGGUGGAAUGUGUGGGGAGCACCCGGGGGGUGCUCAUCGAGCCUGUCUACCCAGACAUCAUCCGCAUGAUAUCAGUAAAUAUCUUCCGGACUCUGCCACCCAGCGAGAACCCUGAAUUUGACCCUGAAGAAGAUGAGCCCAACCUUGAGCCCUCGUGGCCACAUCUGCAGCUGGUAUAUGAGUUUUUCCUGCGUUUCUUGGAGAGUCCAGAUUUCCAGCCCUCUGUGGCCAAGAGAUACGUGGAUCAAAAGUUUGUCCUAAUGCUCCUGGAGCUAUUUGACAGCGAGGACCCCCGGGAACGUGAGUACCUCAAGACCAUCUUGCAUCGGGUGUACGGCAAGUUCCUGGGUCUCCGGGCCUACAUCCGCAAACAGUGCAACCACAUCUUCCUCCGGUUCAUCUACGAGCUGGAGCACUUCAAUGGUGUGGCUGAGCUCUUAGAGAUCUUAGGAAGCAUCAUCAAUGGCUUUGCGCUGCCCCUGAAGACUGAGCACAAGCAGUUCCUGGUUCGAGUCCUGAUCCCCUUGCACUCUGUCAAGUCACUGUCUGUUUUUCACGCUCAGCUGGCGUACUGUGUGGUGCAGUUCCUGGAGAAGGAUGCAACCUUGACAGAGCAUGUUAUCCGGGGGCUCCUCAAAUACUGGCCUAAAACCUGCACCCAGAAGGAGGUGAUGUUCCUGGGGGAGAUGGAAGAGAUUCUUGAUGUCAUCGAGCCCUCCCAGUUUGUGAAGAUCCAGGAGCCCCUCUUCAAGCAGGUGGCUCGCUGUGUCUCCAGCCCCCAUUUCCAGGUUGCAGAGCGGGCUCUGUAUUUCUGGAACAAUGAGUACAUCCUGAGCCUCAUUGAGGACAACUGCCACACUGUGCUGCCUGCGGUAUUUGGGACCCUCUACCAAGUGUCCAAGGAGCACUGGAAUCAAACCAUCGUGUCCCUGAUCUACAACGUGCUCAAGACUUUCAUGGAGAUGAAUGGAAAGCUGUUUGACGAGCUCACAGCCUCCUACAAGCUGGACAAACAGCAGGAGCAGCAGAAGGCCCAGGAGCGGCAGGAGCUAUGGCGAGGCUUGGAGGAACUGCGGCUACGCCGGCUACAGGGAACCCAAGGGGCCAAGGAAGCCCCUGUCCCACGGCCUACGCCCCAGGUGGCUGCCAGUGGGGGCCAGAGCUAGAUACAUCUAGAACAGGAGAAGCUAAACCCAGAGCUAUCAGCCCCUCCAUCCCUCUGCCCAGGGGCCCAGUGAGGCCCACGCCUCCCCGUGGCCUUGCCGGAGUGGCUCUAAGACUCCCUACCAGCCCCGUGGGAACAGCUUUCAUGGAGGGGAGACAAGAAGGCGAGGUGGUAGUCUUGGCAGCAGUACUCGCAGGCCUUUGUGGCAAGAUUCUGGCCAGACUAGACCAGGGCAAGUAUGUGACUGGGAAGCUGCCAUCAGGGAUCCUCCCCUGCCCUACACAGCCAGGCUCCAGGCGGCAGUUGGGCCUCUACCCCUGCUCCCGGCCUGGGGCAUAGACACUCAGCUCCUGGCCAGGGCCGUCCUCAUCCCCACCAUGGGGGCACAGUCUAUUUAUUCUGGCCAGCUCACCCUCAACAAGACAUUGUCCAGGGACAGCCUCCUUUCCUCUCCGUUGCCCUGAACUUCCUUAUCCCCUUUUUAUUUAUUGGGCAGGGGGAGGGGUGAGGGCACAGGCAAGAAGAUUCACAUUGUCCUGGGGUGAGGGGGGGGUCACAGUAAUCAUGGUCUGCCCCCUUCACCUGGCUAGGGGGCAGACUUAAUAAAGAGCGAAACUCAA